AUGCGGAGGAUGGAGAAGACUCCACUCAUAGGAUCUGCCAGAAUUGAUAUAAACACGCAUGUGUGUAGUGUAGGUGAGACGGAUGUCACAUCCGCGUUCGACACCAUACUCCCCAGCAACGCCAGCACGCUGUAUGCAAUACCUGUUCCUGCUAAUGGGACGUUUGGAGAGGGUCCAUCGAACGUCGCCUACCCGAGAAAUGCCACAAACCUGCCAGCCUUGUGCGCUGUCUCGGUCAAUGUGACCUCUUCGGCUACUUCGUCGUUCACCUUCGGUCUGUUCCUACCAAAUGAUUGGAACGGACGCUUUCUAGCCGUUGGCAACGGCGGCUUCCUCGGCGGCAUCAACUGGCUUGAACUGGGUAGUUCAGUCCGUUAUGGGUUCGCCGUGAUGUCCACGAAUACGGGGCACAACUCGACCAACUCGAAUAGCACCUGGGCCUUGAAUAAUCCCGAAGCAGAGAUCGACUGGAGCUAUCGUGCCAUGCAUGGCUCGAUUCUGAUCGCGAAGGAUAUAGUCAGUGCAUUCUACAGCAACGCGAUCGAGUACUCGUACUACUCCGGCUGCUCGACUGGCGGUUAUCAGGGUCUUAAUGAGGUCCAGGACUACCCCGAAGACUUCGACGGUGUUCUGGUUGGCGCUCCAGCUUGGUGGCACUCUCACCUCCAGACCUGGUCAAUCAAAGUUGGCAUCUACAACUUGCCAAACACAAGCGCGCAUCAUAUUCCCUCCGCUCUCUUUCCCGUCAUCGGUGCCGAAGUCAUACGGCAAUGCGACGAGACUGACGGUGUUGCGGACGGCAUUAUCAGCGAGCCUCGUGCGUGCAGUUUCUACCCAGAAGCGCUGCUUUGCACGCCGAGUACGACUAAUCGCAGUGCGUGCCUCACGUCUCCUCAAAUCGACACCUUGAACAAGAUCUACGCCGACUACGUCGAGACAAAUCAAACCUUCAUCUUUCCAGGCCUUGAAUUAGGCUCUGAAUCGCAGUGGAAUCUAGUCGCUCAGUCCGUUCCUGACGCAUUCAGCAUCGGCUACGUACAGAACCUUGUCUACGACGAUCCGACAUGGCAAUGGUGGAACUUCAGCUUGCAGACGAUCCAGGACGCCGAGCGCAUCAACGGUCCCAUCGCUGAUGCGGACAAAUUCGACAUCUCGCCGUUCCAAGCACGUGGCGGGAAGCUCUUACAGUAUCACGGCUACGCUGACGGUUUCAUCCAGCCGGGAAGCUCGAAGUAUUACUACGACCACGUGGUGAGGACCUUGGCCCCAAUGGGCAUCGAUGUUACGGAUUUCUUCCGCUUCUUUCUGGUGCCGGGGAUGCGCCAUUGCAGCGGCACCGUCGUCGGCGCGCCAUGGUACAUUGCGGGAUCGGGGCAGGCAAACAGCCUGUACUCGAGUUCGCCGGUUCGCUCCGUGCCGGGUUACGAAGAUGCGGACCAUGACGCGUUAUUGGCGUUGAUGAGAUGGGUGGAAGACGGGACAGCGCCCGAAGAGAUUAUUGCGACCUACUACGAGAACAACACGGUAAGUGAAGGAGUUGUCAGGCAGAGGCCAUUGUGCCCGUAUCCGGGACGGGCUGUGUACUGCGGUGAGGGCAGUGUCGAUGAGCCUGGAAGCUGGAGAUGCGAGGCAGUGUAG